CCUGAAGAGGCUUCAGCCUGGAGCUUUAAGUCACAAAAGUCUUUCUAAAUGAGAAGGCAAGAAGACCUGUGGACAGUUUCCUCUUAAGCUUCGUGGAGAGAGACUCAAGUAUAGAAACAGUCACACUGCCACCUGCCCUGCCGCACGAGCCGCUGACAGCUUCCAGACCAGUCCAUCAUGUGCAGCACCAGCACCUGUGACCUGGAAGACAUCCCCCUGGACGAUGACGACCCAAACAGCUUAGAAUUCAAAAUCCUGGCAUUCUACACCAAACACCAUGUCCUCAAGAAUGCCCCGGCUCUCUUCUCACCCAAGCUGCCAAGAACAAGAAGUUUGUCCCAGAAGGGACUGGGGAGUUGGUCAGCUGAGUCAUGGACACAGGUGCCAUGGCCUUGCAGAAAUUCCCCAUCCAGUGAGAAGCCCAUAAACCUUGGCAAGAAAAAGUCUUCUUGGAAAACUCUCUUUGGAGUAACGGAGAAGGAGGACAGUCCGCAGAGUUCACCUAAGAACUGUGGUCAGGGCCUGGUGGCAGUGGCAUCUCAGGGUGGUAUCCAUGGUCAGCAGUGGUCCCGGUCCCUUUCCAAUGUGGAACAGCACCUGGAGAAUGGAGCUGUGGACCCCAAAGUUGCUUCCAUUGCCAACCGAGUGGCUGAAAUUGUUUACUCCUGGCCACCACCAGAAAAGACCCGCCUCCGUGGAGGAGGCUUGGAGUUCCUGGAGCUACAGGGGUCCUGCCCAAAAAGAACACUUAAAAAUGGAGAAGACCAAUAAUACCCAAAAUUGUUGAGCUGCUGAAAUUUUCAGGGGGAUCAAUUGGACAGAGAGUUGAAGAAAGACAAGGCUUUGCUGAGCAGCCUCCAGGAUGUUCUGUCCUACUCUGUUUUCAAGACUAUCACAGACCAGUUCUUAGGGAAUGUGGAUACCAGAGGAGAAUCAGAAGUAAAGGCACAAGGCUUCAAGGCUGCCCUUGCAAUAGACGCCAUAGCCAAGCUCACAGCCAUUGACAACCACCCAAUGAACAGGGUGCUGGGCUUCGGAACCAAGUACCUGAAAGAGAACUUCUCACCCUGGGUCCAGCAGCAUGGUGGAUGGGAAAAAAUACUUGGGAUAUCACAUGAAGAAGUAGACUGAAAUAUCAAAUUUGUCAUCUGGAAUAGUCAUUGUCCAGUGGUGGUCCAGUGCACAUCAGUCUCAGUGGAGACUACAGGAAAAAUUAAACAUACAUCACAGAUGGAGAUUAUUCCUGUGACUCAAAGAGGCAUGGGAGAGGCCUUGCUCAUCUCAAGCUCAUGGGACACUGAAGCAUGGUCUUGGGUUUUGACGUUAAUGUUUUUCAGGUCCUUUACUGAGUGUGGGAGGAAGUCUAUAAGAUAAGUGGUCAUUUUGCUUUCAAACACUGAGAACAGAAACCAUCCUCCUGCAUCUGUUAGCUCUUCGGAGGAGUAUUAUGGAUGUCUGCUGACCUCAAAAGGGUGAAACGCUAAUUGUCCACGUUUACUUUUUAGUUUCUAGUACUAUUUAUUUUCUAAACUACACUUGGAAUGGCCUAACAAAUGACAUUUCAAGCCUACCUUUAGAAAGAAGCUGUUAUCUGUGUUAGCAGACAUAGCUGAAAAGAAAUUCUUAAAUUUACUGCAUCCACUAGUUUGGGGAGAUACAGCUGUAGAUGCCUUUUUGAGGCCACUUUUCUCAAAAUAAUUUUUUGGCAGUUUGAAGAUUUCAAUUUAGAACAAACCACUAUCCCCAUGGCCCUCAACCUGCAUCUCUCUGACACCUCUACUUCACAAAGCCUCUGGAACCUCCUUUAUUAUUCUUGGUGGUAGCAUAAUGAUUAGUAGCUGGUAAAAUAAAUACACAGAUAGAC